GGCGCGGCCGGUGCAAGCUGCAUCACGCUCGUCGACUGUUUUGCAACGAAUUCACGGUCGUGGUUUCGUCAAGGAGUUUUGCGUCCACUCGCGUCUCCGUGAUACGUUUGUCGGUAUCUGCACGACACGCGUGGUACAGCAUUUUAGAACGGAUUUUCAAAACUCCAAAAAUCCACGGUAUAGGAGAUGUCACACCUUUACCUGCCAUGGGGUUCUGGAGAACGUUACACCAACCGCCUCCAAGUGAGGAACCAAUUCGCGAGCACCUUGGAGCUGCAUAAGCAGUCAUCUUACGAGUACCAGGAGCCGAACCAGCGCCAGAGAAGCCCCAGCUUGCCGCCUAUUCACCACGUAGAGCAGGAAAGACCACUGGUCAAAGAAGAUAGAAGAUCCAACGUGCUAAAUAGGAACAUACCAAGUGCAAAAAGAUUCGCAUUUUACGACGAAGAUGGUGAAGGCGACACUUCGGGCUAUGGAAGCGAGACGGUCAACCAUAAGAAUAGGAACGGAGCUUUAAAUGAUGUGACUAAUAAUCGAAACCCCGUUGUGGCAUGGGAACAAGAUGGAAAAAAUAACAGAAAUCGAGGAUCCAGUGGCGGCAGAUCGGGCACGACCGACGAGGCGUGGUCGGCGCGGACGCCGCGCAGCUCCACGGAGGAGGGCCGGCUGCGCUGGGGCGACCGCGGCGUCGCCACUGGCCGGCUGUGGGAGCCCACAGCACCCAACGAACGACUACCGCAGAUGCCAAACCAAAAAAAGGGAACCCCAUCAUGGGUAGAACGAGGCUUAAAUAUGAUAGAUAACUCAGCGGAAGUCCUAGUCAUUGACCAAAGAAGUUCGACAAAUUCUGGAUUCGAAUGCGACAGAUCUUCAUGCAAUGGUAGCGAUGAAGGAAGAACAUUUUUAAGAGGGCAAAAUGUUCCUCUAGAACCUGAAAUAAAAGCUCAACGAGAAAACAAACGCAUAAAAGCAUUAGAGUUGCAAUCUGCAAUAUUAAGUCAGUUGGAAGACCGUGAGAAACGGCGCCAAGAAGAAAGAGAAAGAAGAUUACGUGAGGAAAGAUUAGAAGAGCUACGAAUACAACGCCAACAAGAAGAAGACCGACUAAGGCUGGAAGAAGAAAGAAGAAAAAAUGAAGAAAAACAAAUAUUGGAACAACGAAAACUGGAAACUCUUAAAAGAGCGCUUGAAGAUGCAGAGAAAAAAGCUAAGCAAGAUAAAGAAAAAAGGUUUACGUGUCAUAGACAAAACGCGAACUCUAAUAAUAAUAUCGACAGCAACAAAUCCAUUGCAGAAGAAAAUAUACUACCAGAAGGCAUAGAAUUUAACGAAUCAGUUAGCCCAACGAAAACGAAUAGAACAUACGAUGUACAUUCAGCAAAAAGUCAAAAGAAGGAAUGUAAUUCUCACCACACGACAGAGUUUAAUUCACCCAGAUCCGCAUCCGGUCCUGGAAAUUUAAAUUUAUUCAUCCACAGCGUGCCUCCCCUCGCAUUAGCUGACAAUCAAUUUAACAUUUUACCGAUUGGAAUUAAUGGAAAUGGAGAGCUUGUUAAUGCACAAACAAAUAGUUUGCAAUUAGCAGUGUUAGUUCCUCAAACCUUAUCAAACAGUUUAUACAGUGUGUCCUUAAAUUCUCUCAACAACAUUAGCGAUGUAUCGGACUCAGGGAAAGUCUUGACACCUCGAAAAUAUCGCAUCGGUAAUCUGAUAGUGAAAACUAAAGACGCUACAACGCAGACUGAUUCAAGUCUUUGGAAAUCAACAAAUGACAAGAUGGUCGACACUGAUGGCCCUGAAAGAAAUUUUGAUAAAGAUUAUUCAAAUAUCGAUGAAAACGCACCCCAAGAAAGUCAUCAUAAUACUCUGAAAAAAGAUAGACGUUUUCGGUCAGAAGAAAGAUUUAAAAAAGAUAUUGAAACUCGACCUAAAUGGGGUGUCAACAGACCAGCGGCUCAAUAUAAAAAACAGAGCGAAAAGGAUCCGUUUUACAGUCAAAAACGUAAAAUGCGUCAAAAAUAUAGAUCUCAAGCGCGGCAAUAUCUAUCUCAAUCCAGCGAAGAUAGCCGAUCACCGAGUCCACCUACCAGAUCCGAUAAGAACUCUGAUAACAGUCUCAAGCAACGUAAUUCUUUGAGUCAAUCUUAUUGGAAGAGUAAGCGGUCUAGUCAAGAUUUAACAAGGCCAACAAAUAAUAACAAUAACUCAACAGAACCCACAAGUAAUAUAGCUUUGGAGUUUAGCCACAUAGGCCAAACUACAGUCAGUGAUCUGAUUGACGGUAAGAAAUCUCCUAAGAGGUCGCCGACAAAGAGAAUGACGCUAUCACAAAAGUUUAUCAAUGACAAAUAUGGAAACAGAAAGUUAUGGUUGGACGAUGUUAAUGAGAGAAACAUGAAAAAUAACAUUUACGAAGCGGAAAAUAGGAAAAAAAUAAUAGAUCAAAUAAAUACUGCGAAAAGGGAAUAUUUGGAGAGAAAUGAGGACCAAGAAAAUUUAAUUAAGGCUAAAUUUUAACUUGAUUGUAUUGAAAGACUUAAUUAGAUUAACAAAACUGCCUUAUAGAGCACAAUAGUU